AUGCCUUACACGCUUAUCUUCGAAAAUGGUACCCAGUUUGAUUCAAUGGCCUUCAAAGAGUUCUGCAAAGCACUCAACAUAGAGCAGAAGUUCUCUACAGUCGCCCAUCCUCCGUCCAAUGGGCAAACUGAUGUGUCCAAUAGGACGCUCCUCCGCGAGCUCCGCUGUGACAAGGGGCAAGAGACGUUACUAUUUGGAAUAAAGGUGAGCAACAUAGUAGAAAGGGAGAGUAUAAUUAACACUUACGUUUUUAACAUCGAUGGUGAGUAUGCGCACCACCACUUUGCAAUCUGCAUCACCAAUCCUAUCAAUGAUGUCGUUAGGGAGGAUGGUGAACCGCAACAGCUGAGUAGCGACUUUGGGGUCGCUCAAGUCGAUCAUUUUAGUAAUAUUUUAGUCCGCGGGAAGUUCAAGACUCUUCCCUACUCUCUCAACAUCUGUUGUGACAUCUUUGCUAGUCGUGCAUAUGGAGCUGCUUGGAAUUGUACUAUCAACAGUUUAAAGGGCUUGGGGAGCCUCAUUCCCUUCACCCUCGAGAUCCACCACUUUUUCUAG